AUGGCAGAGGAGAAGAGAAAAAUAGAAUUUGUUGAUGGACCUUGUAGAAUAAAACCAAGAAAAUUUCCAGCCCAGAAUAUUGUGCUGAGACUGAGACGUCGAGAAACUAUUGGAUGUCAAUAUCCGGGUACGCAGGUCCUGGUAGCUCGACAAUUUUACCAGAAUGUAUUUCCAAAUUUCACGGUAGUAAAUGUGGAAAAGCCACCGUGCUUUCUGCGAAAAUUCAGCCCCGAUGGCAGGUUUUUAGUGGCCUUCAGCGCCGACCAGACUUCAAUUGAGAUUUAUACCAAUAAUGAAGCGUUGACCCCAAAUCCAAGAUCACCGCUUGAAGAUUAUACUCUUCAUCUUAUUGAUCUUAAAAGCGGUAAAUUUUGUGAUUAUCGCCGUUUUUUAGUAGACAAAAUUUAUCUAUCUCAUAAUCAAGGGCUUUAUUUGUAUAAAGAUAUUUUAGCGGUCUUGUCAGUACAGCAUCAAACCAUUCAUAUAUUUCAAAUUCUUGAUGGAAUGUUCAUUGAAGUUAGAACUAUCGGAAGGUUUUGUCUAGAAGACGAAAGUUAUUUAUUAGCAUCAGCGUAUCCUAACAUAAACACAAGACCUUACAAAGAUACGAUGAUUAAUACACUUAAGCAUAAAUUAUUAAUACAUUUGUACAAACGCGCUGCAUAUAUCAGUAGCAAUUCAAAGGAUCCUUAUGAAUUGCGUCGAUUUUACCAGUACUUCGACCAGUUUGAAGCCUUGCGAAUGUGGAAGAUGCAAUUAUUGGAUACAAACCACAUCUUGGUCCGUUACGCAAGCGAAGAAGUCGCAACACUCCAAACAACGGACCCAAAUGCCCAUCCUGCCCUACUGGUGGUCUACAAUAUGGUCUCGGCAAAGGUGAUAGCUGCUUACGACAAUGCGUCACUGCAUAUGCAGACCCAGUUUGAGAAUUUUACAGACUUCUUCCGAAACUCAGACACUUCGUACAUGUGCUCGCCUUCAAAUAACAUUUACGCGCGGCUAACGCAGCAGAGGUACAAACAGACCAUUGUGAGUGCUAGGUACGGAGGAUUGACUGAAGCCACCAAAAGACUGCUAUCUCAAUUGCCAAUUUGUGCUCAGUCUUACUCGAGCUCGCCUUAUCUUGAUCUUUCACUCUUCUGUUAUGAUGACAAGUGGGUGUCGAUGAUGGAACGGCCUAAAGCUUGUGCUGAACAUCCUAUCAGAUUUUACGCAAGAGACUCAGGAUUAUUAAAAUUUCGCUUGCAUGCAGGAAUGUUGGGAAGAACAACUCCCGUAGUAGCAAGAAGACUUGUCGCAUUUACGUUUCAUCCUACUGAUCCCUUUGCAAUAUCAGUUCAACGUACCAACGCUGAGUAUAUUGUUAGUUUUCACGUUCGGCAUGAUUAA